UCCCCACCACGUGGAAUGCCCGCGCGCCGCGUGCGCUUCACCUGUUCGCGCGCACCCGCGAGCGCCCGGCGCGCAGCGCUACUAGAGGCCGCGCAAGUUGCUCUCAUUCCCGCGGCUCAAGCUGCCUCCUUUGCGCCUCCAGCCUCCGCUCCGAAUCCCACCCAGUCUUCCCGCCACCCAGCUCGUCCAGCGCUCGGGCCCCCAGCCCCUCAAAGCCGGCUCUCUGGGGGCAGCAGGGGUAAUGCAGCGCAAAGUGGAGUGCGCGAGGCAGGAGGGGGCGCUCCGGGAAGGGCCCUCCGAGCGGCCCCGAGUCCCCGAGCCCCCGAGCCGGGGCAGGAGGGAGACAGGCGGGCGGCGGCGCUGCGAGCUGGCAAGGCGGCCGGCGUGGCAAGGACAGGGGGAGCCUGGUGCGCGACGCCCACUGGGCCUCCCAGCCGCCCGCCAGUGCAAGAGGCUGCCCGCCUUGGCCACGAGGUUAUUUGCUCACUUGCUCCCCGGCACGGCCCCCUCCCGGCCGGCGCGCACCGGGUGAGUCAGAGGUCUAGCUGGGCCUCGCCCUUUGCCACCCGCUGCCGGCUCCCCCGGUGCCAGUCCGCUGCUCCGACGAAAAGCCGGAACGGCCCGCGGCUUGCGAUCGCCUUUUCGGAAAAUACAGCAGGAAAGAGAGCUGAAUGACCAAACGCCUCGGUUGCCAGAAGCGCCCAGCCCCAAGCCCCGAGCUCAGCCACAAGACCACUUGCUCCAUCAGCCUCAGCCCAGUGAUCCUGAGACCCAUCCACACGUUCUGCAAACAAGCUACAGCACUGGAAAACCCAAACUAGACUCUUGCAGUUCCCAAGCCCUUCAGUUAACAUUGCUCAAUGUGGCUAAGGGGAGGGAACGCAAAUGAUUUAUAUUUCACUGGCUAGGUUGAAGAAACUCAAGGGAGAUGUGUUCUGCUUCAAGACAGGGGGAAAAAAUUCCCCAAAACUGUAAUGCAAAAGCUUUGUAGUAUUUUUAAACCUUUGAUUCAGUCCAUAUGUGACAUCUGAA